CUGAAAAGGUCAAUGAAACUUUGAUCCUCCGAGCCUACGGUGGGGAAAUCAACAAUGUCAAGUCUCUGACGCCGUGUUCCUACGAUACGCCUAUGGAGGAGCUUCGCCGACAGUACCUGGAAGAUGGGGUGGUUUAGCCAAGAUCAAUGCUUCUAACCAAAAAACAUCAUCGACCGAGAAUCGUUAACAAAGGCCGUCGCGAAUACCUUAGCUUCGUCAACCAAGGAUCAGUGUGUUGGUUUUUACCCUGUUGGAUAAGACUAUGCGGAUGUACAUAUCCGGUAGCACGAAAUGGAAACGAAGCCGACAGAUACCGAUCCAGGAUCCCAUAUUUUGACAACAAACCCCAUUUCUUUGCUUCAAUUCUAUGCCUCGUGUUUCUAGAGUCUAGCCCGGCCAUCGACUCCUGAUCUCAGACAUCCGUCCGGGAUCAGGCAGCCUUAGGCAGCACUCCCGGAAUAGCAACUUUUAGGUUUGCUGCAAACGCGACGAACCAACGCUGAUAUACA